AUGUUGAACAAUUCAAAGGAAUAUGACAGCCAGGAAAAGCCCAUUUUGUCUUUUUCUAUUGAGGAGAUCUUAAAGAAGCCUUCCACCAAGUCCUGCCUCCACCGUACAACAGUCUGCGGUAACCAUGCAGAGACUACCCAAAACCUGGGAUCGGAACAACUUUUUAAAAUAUGCAAGGAUGAGAAGAAAGGGAAGCGCAGGAUCAGGACAACAUUCACUGCCGAGCAACUCCAAGAACUAGAGAGGAUCUUUCAAAUGACACACUACCCAGACAUCCACAUCCGCAAUCAACUGGCAGCAAAGAUCAACCUCCCUGAAGCCAGAAUCCAGAUCUGGUUCCAGAACCAGCGAGCAAAGUGGAGGAAACAUGAAAAAUUUGGCAACUUUGGUGGCCUUCAGGAUGUUACUGAGGUUGAUUUCAUUCCAGCCCCAAAAUCAGACAUCAUGGACCCCUGUCUGAUGCCCAGCAACCUGUAUGAUACAAGUUUCACUGCAGGGUAUUACACCCCAAGCCACAGUCAUUCUACAGCUACCUGGCUGCCGAACAUGGUACCCUUGCACAUGGACCCUGUUGCCUUCUCAAAGCCUUAUCUGCUCUUUCACUACCUCCCUCCAUACACUCGCCCUUCUCUGCCCCUGAAGGAGGCCUGGAGCCACAUCUGUGCCAAUUUCACAUAG